AUGUCCCAGAUGUUGCACAUAGAGAUCCCCAAUUUUGGGAACACUGUCCUGGGUUGUCUGAAUGAACAGCGCCUGCUGGGGCUCUACUGCGAUGUCUCCAUAGUCGUCAAGGGGCAAGCCUUCAAGGCUCACCGCGCCGUCCUGGCGGCCAGCAGCCUCUACUUCCGGGACUUGUUCAGUGGGAAUAGUAAGAGCGCCUUUGAGCUUCCCGGCACAGUGCCCCCUGCCUGCUUCCAGCAGAUCCUCUCCUUCUGCUACACUGGGAAGCUCAGGAUGGCGGCCAGCGAGCAGCUCGUGGUGAUGUACACGGCCGGCUUCCUGCAGAUCCAGCACAUUGUGGAGCGGGGCACAGACUUGAUGUUCAAGGUGAGCUCGCCCCACUGUGACUCGCAGACCGCCAUGAUCGAGGACACCAGCUCGGAGCCCCAGAGCCCCUGCAACCAGCUGCAGCCAGGCCCUGCACCCUAUGUCAUGUCCCCCUCUGUGCCCAUCCCGCUUCUCACCCGUGUGAAGCAUGAGAACCUGGAGCUCCAGCCGGCGGCAGGCCCAGGCCUGGCCGCCAAGCGGCCCCUGGAAGCUGGGGCCCGGGAUGGCUCGGGGGGCGGCGGGGCGGCAGUGGGCGGGGCGGCACCUCUGAAGCUCUCUCGAGUCUCGUACUACGGGAUGCCCAGCCUGGCCACUCUCAUCCCCAACAUCCAGCAGGUACAGUACUCCCAGGGUGAGAGGACCAGCCCCGGGGCCAGCAGCCUCCCCACCACUGACAGUCCCACCUCCUACCACAAUGAAGAGGACGAGGAGGAUGACGAGGCCUAUGACACAAUGGUGGAGGAGCAGUACGGCCAGAUGUACAUCAAGUCCACAGGCAGCUACUCAGUGCAAGAAAAACCAGAGCAGAUUCCGCUCGAGAGCCGCUCUUGUGUCCUGAUUAGAAGAGACCUGGUAGCUCUUCCUGCAAGCCUCAUCAGCCAAAUCGGGUACCGUUGCCACCCUAAGCUCUACUCAGAGGGUGACCCUGGUGAGAAGCUGGAACUUGUUGCAGGCUCUGGAGUCUACAUCACACGGGGUCAGCUGAUGAAUUGUCACCUCUGUGCCGGUGUGAAGCACAAAGUCUUGCUGAGGCGGCUUCUUGCUACUUUCUUUGAUCGGAAUACACUAGCCAACAGUUGUGGUACUGGAAUCCGUUCUUCUACCAGUGAUCCCAGUCGGAAACCUUUGGACAGUAGAGUUCUUAAUGCCGUGAAAUUAUAUUGUCAGAAUUUUGCUCCAAGCUUUAAGGAGAGUGAGAUGAAUGUCAUAGCUGCAGACAUGUGCACCAAUGCUCGUCGAGUUCGCAAACGCUGGCUACCCAAGAUCAAGUCCAUGUUGCCUGAGGGGAUGGAGAUGUACCGAACCGUCAUGGGUUCUACCACUGCCAGUGUCCCCCUCGAGCCUGAGUUUCAGGCCACCACAGCCCAAGUAUUUGAGCAGAGAAUCUACGCAGAGAGGCGGAAUGAUGCUGCCACCAUCGUGGCUCUGAGAACUAACACAGUCAACGUAGACCUGAGCAGCGCUUCCAACCCACCGUUCGAGCCAAGUGAAGAGGCAGAUGGAGCUGGUUCCGUCAUUCAGGAGGUGGCUGGGCCAGAGCCCCUCCCCUCAGAUAGCCAAAGCACUCCCCAAUCUUUUGAACAAGGGCCUGCCAGCACCAGCAGGCCAGAGACACCGGUGAGAAGACAAGAUGGUACUUAUGGAGGGACUUUGUAAAGACACC